CAUCCUAGUACUUUCACCCACUAUGCCCAAAGUUAAGAAGGGAUGUCAUCUGCUGGAGCAUGCAACUUGAAAUGUGCGGAAGAAGCUGGCUCCGCACUCUGAGCUGGGAUACACACCUCCAGUCCACUUCCACGCAACGGAACUAUAGCUCAGCAAUAACCAAUGCCAAGAAGUGGUUGGAAGAGAAUUGCCUCAAGUACAGUAACCCACUGUUGUCAUCCCCUGAGGAUCCAAAUCCGGAGGCAUAUCUCUUUCAACACAAGGAUGCUCUCCUUGCUUUCGACAAACCUGUGGAAAUUACUGCCAAACUACUGGCUGCAUACAUCACAUUCCGUGCUACUGAUCAGAACAAGUCUGUCUCAACUGUAGACAUACUCCGCUCCGCAUUCAAGUGGCACUUCAGGAAACUAGGAUUUGAGGGCACUUGGCAUCCACACCCUUAUCCUGAAAAGUGCCAGGGAAACCCAUGUGAAUCCAGUCUGAUCAUUGACCUUGUCAAAUCUGUGAAGAAUUUGCGCGCAUCUGAGGGAACUAUCCGGAAUCAUGCAAGGGCAAUCCAGAUUAGCGACAUUAAGGCUAUUCAGGCUGUCACUGCUGCUCAAUGUCCUCCAGACCUGAUUAGCAAGGCUCUUGACCCUAGUAUUCCCAGCGAGUCCUUCACCCUUAAACAACAUGACAACAUCUGCUCCCACCUCAUGUUGUGUACACUAACAUCUUUGGGCUGGACUCUAUGGACAAGGAAUGAAGAGCUCACUUCAAUCCUUAUUCAGCAUCUUGAUUGGGGACACGAGGAAGUCAGUCACAACCUUCCACACCUGCGGGUCACCCUGGUUAACCGCAAGGGCUGGCAAAAACAGAACCAUAGUGAUGAGUCUGGCUGCCAAGGGACACGGUAUAAUAUCUAUCCCCUCUAUGGCAUGGACACAUUUUCCCAGCAUGACGGACCCAAUGUGACUCUGGAGCUUGAUGCAUAUUGCCAUUACUGGUUUGCUCUUGCACCGGUUUUCAGAAGGUGGCCACUUCAUCAGUGCCAGUGGUGGGGUGGGUGGGCACCUGGAGAAAAUGCUCUCACAAUAUUCCAGCCAUCUACACUCCUCAAAUAUGCUAUGGAUAUGCUGAUCACCACAGAAACAAACUAUGGCGACUCACUUGCCCUGGUUCACAUUGACAACUUAGAGUCUCAAAAUGGAGCGAUGUCGCAACUCAAAGCAAUGACUGCAGAAGAAGCCUGCUCUCAGUUUGGCCACCUGGGUGAAUACAUGGGCUGUUUUGAGGAACGCAUGGGCUGGCACACGAUAGGCUAUCUUAUUCCUCCUCACCCUGUUGCCUUCCACCACCAUGUUACUGGCUCCAGUUGGCCCCAGGAGCACCACGAUGAUGAUGGCCAACCCGCUCCGGGCGCUGAGCACACCACCAUUCCCCCAGUCCGCACACUUAAGGAUGCCAUUAAACAAUGGCUGCAUGGGGAUGAGAAUGAGCUCCGAGUGCCACUGAAGAACUGGAAGUGGGAAUGGUACACUGGCAAGCACCGUCGUGUUGGCAAGAAAUAUGACAAAAUGGGUGAGGCGGAGUUCCUGAAACACUAUGGACUGAAGAUGAGCGACAAUUUCAGUACUGCACUUGAAAAGAUUGGAGUGGAAGGGAAAAGAGACGGCACCAUCAAGAGUCGGCCGACAAAGACAUCCGCGAAAUAUCAGCAAGAGAAUUCAGGCACGGCCAGGGAAUCUCACAGCCCAUACCUCUCUCAAAACUCAUCCGUUGGGGACGUGACCGGUGGCGUCCGAAAGCCCUCGAGUAGGGGAUUCCAAUGA